AUGCCCAACGCAGCACGCGCAGAGCGCUCGGGCCCCGCUCUCGGGCAGCACACGCCUGCCUUGGAGCUCGACGGGCCAGGAGCCGGCGCGGUCGGCACGGAGAGGUGCCUUUUCCCCGCUGCCGAACGCGGCGUGGUGUGCCCUCCACGGCAGGAUCUGAUCUCUCGCAAGUCGGGGGCGGAAGAGAGGGGGUUGCCACCGAAGAUUCAGCGCGUGGCAUAUUUUUCUCCAUGGCUGUAUCAUCAUCCCGUCUCAGUUGGCGCAAUCGAAGUCAGCUAUGGUCGUGCAUGUUUCGAGGAGGUUGGCUUGUGUAGGUGA